UCUGAACAAUAAUGUUUCUUUUUUUAGAAUUGAAAUCACUCUAUAUGCCGAGAAGGUACAUAUUGGUUCUCCUUGGAAGUCUUGGUAUAUUUAAUGUUUUUGCCAUGAGGACGAAUCUCAGCGUGGCUAUUGUGGCAAUGGUCAACCAGACAACAAAUGCUCCUCUGCCUUCACUGAAUGCUUCUUUCAACCAAGUUGCAGAAUGCCCCAACUUGGUCCAGGAUGAACCUAAAAAAAGCAGUAUGAUUUUUACGGGUGAACAAUUCAACUGGGAAACUUCAACACAAGGAGCUAUCUUGGCGGCCUAUUACUAUGGGUAUGUGAUCACUCACGUACCUGGUGGCAUAUUGGCUGAGAAGUAUGGUGCCAAAUGGGUAUUUGGCGGAGGAGUUUUGGCUACAUCUAUCUUCACCCUUUUAUCCCCUUUAGCUGCACAUCUGGAUAAAUAUGCUUUAGUUGCUAUCCGUGUUCUUCAAGGACUAGCUGAUGGCGUGACAACCCCCUCCAUAACAGCUUCCAUCAGCAAGUGGGCACCCAAAGUUGAGAGGAGCAGACUAUCUACAAUCAUCUACACUGGUGUGAUGGCAGGGAAUGUGGCAUCCCUCUCUGUGUCCGGUUUGCUUUGCAGUACAGAUUUCCUUGGAGGAUGGCCUUCUGUUUUCUACACUUUCGGUACAAUAGGCGUGAUUUGGUUUUUCUUUUGGUGCUUCUUAAUGUAUGAAACUCCUUCGGUUCAUCCCACAAUCUCCAAAGAAGAAUUUUUAUACAUCGAACAAAACAAAGACGAAGAAUCCAAAGAGAAACAUGUAAUUCCAUGGAAAGAUAUGUUUACAUCUGUUCCUGUAUGGGCUCUUAUGAUUGCACAAUUCGGUCAAGGAUUUGGUUUCUUGAUUUUGCUGACAGAAUUGCCCACAUACUUAAGUACUGCUCUUCAUUUCGAUCUAGCAUCCAAUGGAUUCAUCUCAGCGUUGGCUUACAUAUUCCAAGCAAUAGUAGCUUGUGUUGCAUCUCUUGCUGCCGAUAAGUUAAGAGAAUCGGAGAAAAUCUCCGCAACUGCAAUUAGAAAGUUAUUUAAUUCUAUCGGUAUCUUUGGCCCUGCUAUUUGUUUACUCGGCAUAACAGCGUCUGGCUGUCGCUUGGAUAUCAAUGUAGCACUUCUUGUGGCUGCAAUAGCUCUCGAUGGGUGCAUUUAUUCGGGCUGCAACGUCACCCAUGUUGACAUGUGUCCAGGUUUCUCAGGAACAUUAUAUGGUAUUGCCAAUGGAUUUGCUUGCAUAUCUGGCUUCAUAGGACCCAUGAUUGUUGCUAUUUUCAUAGCUACUGGCGUAAGUAUUGCAUUACAUUACAUUUUUUGGGCAUCGGGAUAACCUAGUUGGAAGGACGUUGGAAUUGUGUUCGUGUGAGCAGGAGUUCGAAUCCAGCCGGCUGAAAAGUCCCCAUGUAUUGAAUGAUGGCUGGUGCACAUUAAAUAUGUCGGAUUCACAAAGUCAUCCAAGUUUCCAUUACAAAUCAAUUAGUACUCUGCAGGUACUAUAUUGGAACAUCGGUCAUUCUCCGGUUCAGAUCAAAAUUACUAUCUGCGGAUGAAGAAAAGGUGUGAGAGAAAGUCCGCCAAAUAAAACGGGUUAUGACGUAUGUGAGAGGCAAAAUCGUAUUGUUGGUCAUAAAGGGCGCCACUGAAAAACAAAAAACGCACCUUCGCCUUAAUUUCGAAAGAUUUCUAUUUUGCUUCCUGGUAAUGGCAACACAUUCCUUUUUUACUGAAUUGUAUUAUUUUAUGUGGCAACGAAAUUUAGAACAAUCGUUUCCUGUUUUUCAUACUACGAAAGAAAGGAAUAUCAGAAACAAAUACACCUUAUAUUUAGUAUUUUUCCAGAGCUUGCGU